UUCUAUAUGUGGGAUGGGACUGAACUAAACUAAACAUAGCAAUUAUCCCAUAGUUUGUCUGCGAGACACGAGACAGGAAAAGGCUUGGCAUUGAUAUCCGUAGAUUUGUUUUUUUCUCGCGUCAGAAUCUGGAACGAGUGUCUUUUUGUUGAGGAACUUCAAGGACCAUGGUUUUUCGUAGAUCGUUUAAUGGUGAAGGUGAAGAAACUGGUUUUGUUGGGAUCUAAUGCCCGUCUGCUCUAAAUCUGGGAGUUCUUCAGUUCUUCUAUCCCGUUUUCCCCCCUCCCUAGAAUUGUAAAGGACAGCCAUCAACUGAUUUUUGUUUUGAACAUUAAAGUAACAUGAAGUUUGGAUUGAAGAAAUCCAUUAUGCCUUUUCGGUUGAAAAGAAAAUCAGCCUCCCGGUUUUCUGUGCUUCAUUUGAAAAGAAAAUCAGCCACCAGGUUUUGUAUGUUCUCUAAGGCAAAGUCAACUAGCUAUGGUCCAGGCAAUACUCCAGUCUAUCUCAAUGUGUAUGACUUGACACCCAUGAAUGGCUAUGUUUACUGGGCAGGCCUUGGUAUCUUUCAUUCUGGUGUGGAAGUUCAUGGUGUAGAAUAUGCAUUUGGAGCUCAUGACUACCCCACGAGUGGUGUUUUUGAGGUUGAACCGCAGCAGUGCCCAGGCUUCAAGUUCAGGAGAUCAAUAUUCAUUGGGACCACAAGCUUGGACCCUAAUCAGGUGAGAUCAUUCAUGGAGCGCCACUCAUCAAGCUACCAUGGAGAUACGUAUCACCUAAUUGCCAAGAACUGCAAUCAUUUCUGCAUGGACGUUUGUUACAAGCUCACAGGAAAACCAAUUCCAAAAUGGGUAAAUCGACUAGCAAAAAUAGGUUCAAUAUGCAACCGCAUACUUCCUAGAACCCUCAAGGUAUCUGCUGUAAGGCAUGACCAUGAUUACGAACUGCAUGAUAGUGAGAAGAAGAGGCUAAGGAGUUCCUUCAGUUGCCUUUCCUCGAUCUCCACAAGGCAAAAGCAAUUGUCAACAUCUUCAUUAUUUCUACAAUCACCUUUGAAAGGCUGCUUACCAGCAUGGGAAUUAAGGUGGUCUCACUUUGGUUCUUUGAAAGAGAGGUGAGAAAAUGCUUGGAGGGUAUGCAAUCAGUUGAUUUUCUUAGUUACAUCGAACGGCUUAGCUUGAAGGGGAAAUUUGUUUUUGUCCGCUGGCCCUUGAAGGCAUGUGGCCCCUUAAUUAUCUUUCGAAUUUAGUAGAGUCGGGAGUUGCUGCUUGUCGACAUUGUAACACUAGUCUGAUGUCGAAACCAGUAAGAAGAGAGAGCAUGCAUGUCAAAGCAUUGCCCUACUUUAGCUGUAGAUUGUACUUGUAGUGUGUUUUGUUUGAUUUUAUUUUAUAUUUUAGGUAGUUUUUGUUGUGCAUGGCAGAUUCUUUUCCAAAGUUUCUCAAUUCUGGUAUGGGUACAGAAUGGAACUAAUCUUUUGCUACUCUUCUUCCAUUGUUAUUCAGCCUGUAAAUACUAAUAUAAUGUGAUGUUUGUGAUGUUUCAUCCUUC